CUCUCUCCUACUCUGCCAAUUCUUGUUUGGACUCAAAUUUUUCCUCUUCUUUCUUUUUUAUUUGGUACUACAAAGGCUGCCCAAAAAAUAAACCUCACUCUCCAUCUUUUUCAACAAAAGCAUAAUUCUACUUGUGCUCUUCAUCUUCUUCAUCUCUCUCUCUCUCUCUCUCUCUCUAAUCAAUAACCCAUUUCUUCUUAUCCUUUUUCUCUUCAUUCUUCAUCCAUUCAUCUCUCUCAAUAAACUCAACAUAACUAUGAAGAAGUUAAUAUUGAAAUUGGAUUUACAUGAUGACAAAGCUAAGCAGAAGGCUUUGAAGACAGUUUCUGCACUUUCAGGGAUUGAUUUAAUUGCAAUGGACAUGAAAGAGAGGAAGCUAACAGUAAUUGGGACAGUGGAUCCGGUGAAUGUAGUAAGCAAAUUGAGGAAAUAUUGGCCAACACAUAUAAUUUCAGUAGGGCCAGCAGUAGAGCCCAAGAAGGAAGAACCAAAGAAGGAGGAGCCCAAAAAAGAGGAAGGGAAGAAAGAAGAGGAAGGCAAGAAGGAGGAGCCAAAGAAAGAAGGAGAUGACAAAAAAGACGAAGCAAAGAAAGACGAGUCGAAGAAGGACGAUGACAAAAAAGAUGAGCCAAAGAAGGAAGGUGAAAAGAAGGAAGAAGAGAAGAAGAAAGAGCAACCGCAAGUAGCUGUGCCAGUACCAAUGCCAAUGCCGAUGCAGAUGCCGAUGCCGAUGCCAAUGCCGAUGCACAUGCAACAGCAUGACCCAAGAAUAAUGGAGAUGGUUAAGGCUUAUAGAGCAUAUAACCCUCAUUUGACCACUUAUUAUCAUGUUCAAAGCAUGGAAGAGAACCCAAAUGCUUGUGUUAUUUGUUAAGUUCUACUUUUCUAUAUCUAUGGAGCCUUUUUGGAAACUUUUGGUGAUAUAUAUAUGCAUUUGAAGCUAAAGCUCUCUUUUGUAAAUAAAAAAAAAAAAAACACAAUUAUUAUGCCU